AUGCUUGGUUAUAGCUGCAAGGCGUUGCGGCCAGCGUUCUUGCGCCAUGCUGCAUGGCCGCCGUCACUUGCAAAGGUUAUUCGAUUAAAUGCACUCAACCCCGUCGAGGAAGAAAAGACGCCGUAUUAUGACACCAGUCGCUUUUAUCCUGCUCGGCUUGGCCAAGUGUUGAAGCAGAGAUAUCAACUCGCUACUAAGCUUGGGUAUGGUUCUAGCUCAACCGUCCGGCUAGCUAGGGAUCUUCACAGAUAG